AUGAACGGCACGGGCGCAGGCAUGGGCGUGAGCGGGGCGGGCGGGGCGCGCGUGGCGGAGCUGCUGGGGGAGCUGGCGGCGAUGGAGGCGACGGUGUCGUCGCUGCAGAGCGACGUGAGCGACAGCGUGUACCUCGUCGCCAGCAUCUGGCGCAUCACCGGCACCACCUUCGUGCUCCUCAUGCAGGUACCACCUUCGUGCUCCUCAUGCAGGUACCACCCACCCUCCACUCGUGCGCGCCCCCUCUCGUGCACGCCCCACGCAUGCUCGCUCCCACCCGUGCUCGUCCGCACUCGUGGGCUCCUCCACUCGUGCGCGCUCCCACUCAUGCUCGCCCGGUCUCGUCUCUCCCGUUGGGUCUCGUCUCUCCCGUUGGGUCUCGUCUCUCCCGUUGGGUCUCGUCUCUCCCGUUGGCUGGGGUUUUCGCUGCUGGAGGCGGGGCACGUGCGGUUCAAGAACACGCGCAACAUAAUGAUCAAGAACGUGCUCGACACGUGCGUCUCCGCCAUCGCCUUCUGGCUCUUCGGCUACGCCGUCGGCUUCGGCGACGGCACGCGCGUCUUCGGCUGGGCCAACCCCGACGGCUCCGUGGCGUUCGCGGGCGGGCAGAACUACGUGCAGUUCUUCUACGCCUUUGCCUUCUGCGCCACCUCCGCCACCAUCUUCGCCGGGGCUGUGGCCGAGCGCACACACCUCGCAGCCUACCUGCUCUUCAAUUUCGUGCUGGCGGCGCUGAUCUACCCGGUGAUAGCGCACGUGCUGUGGAGCAGCAACGGGCUGCUGUCGCCGGCGCGCGGGGCGGUGAUCCUCAACACCAACGGCGUGCUGGACAACGCCGGAUCCAUGGUGGUGCACGUCACGGGGGGCGUCACCUCGCUGGUGGGCGCGUGGAUGGUGGGGCCGCGCAUCGGCCGCUUUGACAUCGACGGCAAGGUUGUGCCGUUCAAGGGCCACUCCAUGGUGUUUGUGGCGGCGGGCACCAUCAUCCUGUGGACGGGCUUCUACGGCUUCAACGGCUGCAGCGUGGACUACCUGGGGGAGGACCCGCUGGACUGGAGCGCCGAGGUGGCGCGCGUGUGUGUCAACACCACCAUCUGCGCCGCUGCUGCCGGGGUCACCGUGUGGACGCUCACGUACCGGCGCCGAGAGCCCGUGCCCGAGGACACGUUCAACGGGGUCAUCGGGGGCCUCGUGGCUGCCUGCGCCACCAGCUCCCUCGUUGAGCCCUGGGCCGCCUGCGUCAUCGGUGUGCCUCUCACUUCCUGCUCUCUUUGCCUCUCUGCAUCUUCCAUCUCCGCUGCAGUUGAUUCAGGCAUGGGAGCGGGGGCACUGUACCUGCUGGGCACGUGGGUCAUGCUGCGAUGCCAACUUGAUGACCCCGUGCAGGCGACGCCGGUGCAUCUGGUGUGCGGGUCGUGGGGCGGGGUGGCGGUGGGGUUCUUUGCGAGUCCGGCCAACAUCAGCCGCACCUACAACAUCGCCCAGCCCCUCUCCUGUGGCGUCUUCUACGGCUGCUCCGCCUGGCAGCUCCUCGUGCAGAUUCUGGGCUUGCUGAUAGUGUACGCGUGGGUGGGCGCCACGGCGCUUUUCCUCUUCUACGGGCUGCACUUCUUUGAUGUGCUGCGCGUCAAGCGCCACCAGGAGGAGGUGGGGUUGGACGUGGUGUUCCACGGGGGGGACGAGGCCGACGACGUGGAGGGCGACCAGCACGGCCACGCACGCCGCUUUGCCUCCCGGCGCUGGCAGCAGCUCGGCCUCUCCACCCUCUCCGCCGUGCCGCGCGGCUUCUUCAGCCCCUCGCGCUGGCUACGCGCCUCCACGCGCCUCUGCUCGCGCGACGGCCGCAGCUCAGCGGACGGGGAGGGCAUGAGUGUGCGCAAGCGGCGGGACGUGUGGCACCGGGCGCUGGACAGCACGGGGCUGGGGCAGCUGUCGCUGGCCAUGUACGAGGCCAACUACGUCAUGGAGGACGCCGUUGAGGUGGAGGCGGGGUCGGGCGGCGUGUACAUCGGCGUGCAUGAUGGCCAUGGCGGCAGUGAGACCGCUGAGUUCCUGCGCCACACACUCUACAACAACCUCAAGAAGGAGUUCCUACGCGGGGGAGGAGCGGUGUCGGUGGAGGCGCUGCGGCGGGGGUUUGCGGAGACAGAGAGGCAGUUCACGGCUCGUGUGAGGGACAGCUUCCUGGACUCGCCGCACCUCGCCACCGUGGGGGCGUGCUCCGCCGUCGCCAUCGUCACUCGCAGCGCCCUCUGGGUCGCCAAUGUGGGCGACUGCCGGGCUGUGCUGGGGCAGGUGCGGCACACGGGGGACGGGCUGGAGUGUCGAGCGCUGCAGAUGUCGGAGGACCACAACCUGAGCUUCCAGGCCAUCCGCGACCGGUACCGCGAGGAGCACGCCGACAUGCCCGACGCCGUCACGGAGAAGCGCGGGCGCUACCGCGUGAAGGGCAAGAUCACCGUCACGCGCGCCUUCGGGGACCUCUACCUCAAGUCGCACGACUUCAACCGCGAGCCGCUCUUCUCGCGCUUCCGCGUCGCCGAGCCCUUCAACCCGCCGCUGCUCUCCACGGACCCGCACGUGGCGGUGCGCCUGCUGGCGCCACACGAUGCGUUUGUGGUGGUGGCAUCGGACGGGCUGUUUGAGCUGCUGAGCAACCAGGAGGUGGUGGACAUGGUGGCUGUCUCCCCGCGCAAAGACAUCGCCCGCCAGCUCAUCCGUGCUGCCCUGCGGCGCGCGGCGGAGCGCACAGAGGUGCCGUACGGCGAGCUGCUGCGCAUGGCAUCGGGGCAGCGGCGGUCGUACCAUGAUGACAUCACCGUGGUUGUCUUCUUCUUCGACCAUGAUGCCAUCCGCAAGGAGGCUGCCCGCAACCAGCCACAAUGGACCAAGGACGUGUCACUGAAGGGCGGGGUGAGUGUGGACGCAGCGGGGGCGGUGGUGAGCGACUUCAACGUGGUGAGCAGCGUGCACGGUGGCACCGCUGCACGCUCCCUGUUGGCGCGCUCCAUCGGCUCCACCAACAACCUCGCUGCCGCCUCCACUCUCAGUGCCUCGCUCAUAGAGGACUCGGUGCUGGAGAUUGAGUAG